UGUUAAUCCAGUGCGUUUGCUUCCACACCGCCGCGAGCACAGCUAGAAAGAAUAGUAAUAAUCUUUAAAAGAAAGAAAGAAAGAAAGAAGGAAGGAAAAAGUAUAAUCUUGAAAUCGUUGAGUAUUUCUCAGAACAUUUCAGCAUGAAAGCUAUAAGUCCAGUGAGGUCUUUCCGGAAAAACGGCGCGAGCGUGACGGAGCAAAGCCUCGGAGUGUCUCGGAGCAAGACCCCCGCGGACGAUCCUCUCAGCCUGCUGUACAACAUGAACGACUGCUACUCCAAGCUGAAGGAGCUGGUGCCCAGCAUCCCGCAGAACAAGCACGUGAGCAAAAUGGAGAUCCUGCAGCAUGUCAUCGAUUACAUCCUGGAUCUGCAGAUCGCCCUCGACUCCCACUCCGCGAUGAGCACUCUCCAUCACCCCCGACCCGGCCAGGGCUCGUCCAGAACACCUCUCACCACCAUCAACACAGACAUCAGGAUCCUGUCCUUACAGACGCCGGACUUUCAGUCAGACUUGAUCACAGAGGACAGUCGGACACUUUACCGUUAAACAGGUGUUUGCUUAAGACGUGAACACACAGGACCCAGGAACCGACCUUUUCUCUCCCCCCCCCCCCUCCACUCUCAAUUUCUGUUCUCGCCUGGAUCUCUUUUCCCCCUCCUGAAUGAAGAGGCGUUUGCUUCUUAAAGGACAAUGUAUGUGAUGUGUUUCUCGGUUCGGACAUUGAUUUUAUUUAUCUAAAGACUCAUUUAGUCUUUUUGUUUUGUUUUGUUUUUCUUCAACACGAAGAAGCACUAUAUUCCCUAAAACGGGAGGGGAAAAACAGGAAUGGAAGAAGAAAAUGACGCCUUCUCUUAAAUGAGAGAUCAUGGCUGUUUUGGUGAAGACGGUGUGAAUAGAAGCCGGUGUGCUUCAGUUACUGUACAAAGUUUAGUCUGUUUCUUUUUUUUUUUUUUUUUUUCCCUGUCAUUCUUUGGGCACGUGAAGGACUGGACGGCCAAUCUGACAUGAGCGUGAAACCUCGUGAACUCUCUCUGAGUUGUAUCUUGUAUAGUUGCAGACGAUGGUAACACUACCACGCUGCAAAGUGUCAUGCUGUAUUUAAUUAUGCUGAAACUUUUUAUAAAAGUAAUUGUAAAUCGUACCUUUUUAUAUAAAAAAAAAAUAAAUCAAAUCCUUUAUUUGAA